GAGUCAGAGUGACUUAUAACACUUCAGCCAAGUUGGCUGUUCGAAGGCGUAACCAGACAAGAUGGCGUGGAAUUCACCCAAAGUUGGCAUUCUCGGAGGUGGACAAUUAGGUCGCAUGCUCACAGAGGCAGCCAAUCGACUGAAUAUCGAAGUACAUGUAUUAGACGCCGAGAAUGCGCCAGCAAAACAGAUAAGCGCACAUGGCAACCAUACAGUUGGGCAUUUCAACAAUCAGCAAUCGGUGCAAGAACUCGCCAAGAAUUGUGAUGUGGUGACUGCUGAGAUUGAACAUGUCAAUACUUAUGCGCUUGAAGCUGUUGCUUCGCAGGUCAAGGUUGAGCCGUCAUGGCAGUCCAUUCGGAUCAUUCAGAACAAAUAUGAUCAGAAGAAACAUUUGUCGAAAUAUGAUAUCCCCAUGGCGGAUUAUCGGGAGCUUGUUGAGAAUACGCCAGAGGAGCUGGCUAAAGUUGGUGAACUGUUAGGAUAUCCAAUGAUGCUCAAGUCCAAGACUCUUGCAUACGAUGGAAGAGGAAACUACCCAGUCAAGUCAAAGGAAGAUAUUCCAAACGCCCUCGAGGCCCUCAAGGAUCGACCAUUAUAUGCUGAGAAAUGGGCACAUUUUAAAAUGGAAUUGGCAGUGAUGGUAGUCAAAACCAAGGAUAGCGUUCUAUCCUACCCUACAGUUGAGACUGUUCAAGAAGACUCCAUCUGCAAACUUGUCUAUGCACCAGCUCGUAAUGUGUCUGAUGCCAUCAACAAAAAAGCCCAAGAACUUGCUCGCAACGCAGUAGCCGCAUUUGAUGGUAAAGGUGUUUUCGGCGUUGAAAUGUUUCUAUUGGAAGAUGACUCAAUUUUGCUCUGUGAAAUCGCCAGUCGAGUACACAAUUCCGGACACUACACGAUUGAAGGCUGUGGUCUUUCUCAGUUCGAUGCUCAUAUGCGCGCUGUUCUAGAUCUCCCCAUACCACCUAAGAGCUUGGAGCUUCGGCAACCGUCUAUCAUGCUUAACAUUAUUGGUGGUGCUACUAGCGAUUCUCAUUUGCGCGUUGCAGAGCACGCUCUUUCGAUACCUAAUGCUAGUAUUCACCUCUACAGCAAAGGUGCUGCCCGACCAGGACGUAAGAUGGGACACAUCACCGUUACCGGUGCGACGAUGUACGAGGCAGAGACAAAUAUUCAGCCAUUGAUCGAUUUGGUCGACGAAAUCCGUGCUGCGCGCAGUGACGUCAAAUCCUCAAGUGUCGAACCAAUCCCCUUCAAACCCACGCCUACUAUCGGGGUCAUCAUGGGUUCUGACAGUGAUUUGAAGACGCUGGUACCGGGUCUCAAGCUUCUGAGGGAUUACUUUGGUAUUGAUCCUGAAGUGGACAUUACGUCUGCUCAUCGGACACCAGAUUAUAUGGCUGAAUAUGCUUCCAAGGCGGCUUCGCGAGGUAUCAAAGUGAUCAUUGCAGCUGCUGGUGGAGCCGCUCAUCUGCCUGGCAUGGCGGCUGCGCACACUGCUCUGCCAGUUAUUGGCGUUCCGGUGAAGGGUAGUGCAUUAGAUGGUGUUGACAGUUUAUACAGUAUCGUGCAGAUGCCACGAGGUGUCCCUGUCGCCACAGUCGGUAUUAACAAUAGCAUCAACGCUGCAUUACUAGCAGUUCGAAUCCUCGGCUCAUAUGAGUCCGCCCUUCAGCGCAAAGUCGAGGAGUACGCUACCAACGCCAAACUUGAGAAUUUGGAUAUCAAAGGUACGAAGAUAAAGGAAAUUGGGUGGGAAAAGUAUUUUGAGCAGAUGCAGAAAUGAUGGUGUCGUUCUCGUUAUGUAUGAAAAGCUGUCAUUAGAAUACCGAUUGAUUACAGUUAUGAAUAAUACUUACCAUUCUUAUCG